AUGCCCUACCCGUACUAUGGCCCGCAAGCGGGUGACAUGUCAACGAUCUCGCUGGAGCACGCGCAGGCUAUUCUGAGAUUCCUUUCUCAGGACAGCAUCGUCAAGCGAAAGAUCCAUGAUAUGCACCAGAACUUGAUUGACCAGGAUAUCGGCAGACGGCUUGAGGUAUUGCGGUCAGGGGAACCAGCUAAGCCGCUGGCUAUCUGCGUUGAUUGCAAGGAGGCAUUUGAUGCUGACACGUCUCACCGGGGCGAUUGCCGGUAUCAUGAUGGACUCCUCGAGCCAGACUAUGACGACGAUACCUGGGCUGAUCACGACGAAAGAUGUCAUGGCCCCAUUGACACAGCUGAAAAUCGCGAGAUGUACCUGGAGGCGUUUAAAUGGGAAUGCUGCGACGAACCGGGCGAUGCUGAAGGGUGUCAAAGGGGUGCUCAUAGGGCUAUUGAGAGCGUGGAGAAAUCAGGCGGCCCGGUGGAGGACUACGAGAGCACCGAAGAGGAAGAUGACGAUGAAGAAGAAGAGGAAGUCGAAGCUAGAAACAAAAAGGAUGAAGACCCCGAAGUCGUCAUUGUGGGAGAAAGACAAGUUGUCAACAAGCGCAAAGCUGAUGACAGCUUUGAAGUCUCCGUCUAUGCCCAGAAGACCAAAAGGGGUUGGUGA